CCUAAAUUGCCAGCCUUCGCACCAGCCGGCGGAACCCUAGCUCUGGGGCUACUGCCAGGUCAGGACGGCGGAAUCGGCCGCUCCUUCCCUGGCGCCGCACUUCGGAGGCUUGCGCCGCUCGGCGCGUUCCCCGUCCGCGUCUUUCCUCCGGCCACACCUUCUGGAUUCGCGCCGCUCCGCCUCCGGCCCGAGGGCUUUGGAGGCUUGCUGUUGCUCCCGUCCUCUUUACCGCUGUGCGUGCACAUGAGUCUGAUAUGCUUGGUCAAGUUUAGUGCAGCCGCCCCCUAUUGAUUCCAUUAUCUCUGAUGCACGGUGGUCGGCCGCUAGUCACCUCUACCUUCUGUCGCCACGUAUCCAGAAUUUCAAGUCAUAGACGAUGGGUGUUGAACUGCUAGAAUAUUUAUGCCCCUUUGCAACACAUGGGCAUAUGUGCUAGCUUAUUCCAAAAGAGAAAAACAUUGGUACUAUGUUGAUAGCCAGGGUGCAAGGCUCAAGGGAAGCAGGUUCUCUAGCUCUCUGUAUGCUUAUGGUAUCUUGUAUGAGGGUUACAAAUUCAAUUCAAAUGUCAGUUGAGGAAGCUGCUGAGUUAGCAUGGCGGGCUAUUUAUCAUGCAAUAUUCCUUGACGGAGCUAGUGGUGGCUGUGUUAGUGGUGAUAUAAAUAUUCGUCCGGCAAAUCAUGGAUCAACAAGUGCUAUUGGUAUUUUCUGAUGCUUUUCAUGGCAGGCUUUUGCUGUUCUAGAGAACGAGCUACUGCAGUUCACAGCAGAAUGUAACAUGCCCGCAUCAUCAUUCAGCCUGCUGAAGAAAAUAAUUCCAAGCAUUGAUUCCAAUGAGUUGUAGCAGUAAGAGAACCUAUGACUCCACGAGCUGCAGGAACUGUUGGGUUGGAAAUUGGAAUGGCCUCCUCUGUGUUCUAGACACUGAGUUCUACUGCAGCUGGUGGAAAAGGAGGCCAGUAGAUUUUAAUUUCCUAGCUGGUCUUAAUUCUGGGUUACUUUCUUUUUUCUGGUGUACUCCCUCUGUAAACUAAUAAAAGAUCGUUUAGAUCAGUAGUGAUCUAAACAAUCUUCUAUUAGUUUACAGAGGGAGUACAUUUUAAUAGUACUCUUGUCAGUUUUUAAUGCUCGUAGGUGUGAAAAACAUUAGUAAAAAAUGUUCACAUUCAAGUCUUCUAUUUACUGCAGACUUGUUCUAAUGUAUGAUGCCAGCUGCCCUCCUCUCGCCUCUGGUUGCUGAGAACCUGAGACCGUUAAUUGAUUUACUAUGCUGAAUUGAACGACUCGAGAGCAAGACGGGGUGCACUCUGCACACACAAGGUCCUUAACCUCCUGGCGGUGGUAUGUGCUGCCAAGGAUGCGACAUGGGCAUGGACACGGUCACGGAGGAGCAGUACGAGCAGACCCGCACAGAACUCUUGACCCGGAGGAGCACCCAGGAUAAGCUCUAGCAGAGGCUCUGCAUGUUUCCUGAAUCAUCUGUCCUCUGAACCUUACAAAACUGCUGAAGAAAACAGGAGCAAUAUCCGUAAGGAGGGCGAGUCCUUCGUGCUUUUGGCAGUCUGCAUGAGCUUGUGGAACAGGAAAUGGAGAAUUGCUAUGGAGGAGGCUACCUGACUUGAUGCUGGAACUGGUGACCGGUACUGGCGGAGCAAUUUUCCAGAUAGCUGUUUCUCCCGAAGAUCAAGAUUGUUCCUUGAACACACCAAAAGGGUAGCUGUGAAGAUUACUGCCGGGAUCUGAGUGUCGGAUUCUUCGUUGAAGAUACUCGCACUGCAACUGCUGAGUUGGUCUCUUUGAGAAACAAGUCAGGGCAAUUUUGUUGAUAUGAUGUGCAAAACUACAAGCACGACGGACACCACACCAUGCAGAGCAUCAGGAAGAUGAACAGGCGACGACUGACAAGUUAAAUUAUUGGCAUCCAAGCUUGGCGUCCAGUCAAAAUCUCCUUAACUUGAUGUUCGUAUUCAAGGAUGCUGGAAGAGGCGCUGCAGGGUGUGGAUUUAGCUGUUCAUGCUGCUAGGCCUUUCCAAACGGAGGCUUUGCACGACUUGCUGUGCGUGUCGUUGGGUUUGCCCAUGGACAACUUCGGCCAUGCACAAGCACAGCCAUCUCCUCUGGUACCGUUUCAGCAAACAUUUACCAUCCUUCUCACCGAUUCGUCUGUGCGUGGCGAAUUUUGGCACUCACUUACCACCCGAGAGAUCAAGAAAGCAAGGGGGUCGUGGCAUCCAUGACGCAUUGAGAGUCAUGCACCUCGUGCCAAGGAAGGCAUAUAAUGGCAAGGAGGAAGGUCCAUCUCACCGCCGCCUUAUCAACGACUGUAUGCAUGACAUCUUGGGAGUUCAGCCAGAAAAUCAUGUUAUGCGCAAUGGAAAAGUGCAGUUUUCUGGCUCAAGCAAUAAUACAGAGCAAAUUUUACCCAAUACCGUUGAUUCUCAUGAUAUCUCUGCUUGUCCUUCCAUGAAUAAGCUCGCAAAGGUAAACAAGUUUAUGCUACUUGUGGAGCUGCAUAGGAGGGGAAUGAGUGCGGAUAUAUCUAUUUUAGCAUCUGCCAUGAGCUUUUGUGCUGUUAAGCAAUCCAUUAGGGGAGGUGUCCAGCUCCAUGCUCUACUGGUGAAAGUUGGUUAUGAAUUGUCAGUCCUUUCUGGCACCUCUCUAAUCAGCUUAUAUGCAAGAUGUUAUCAACUGGAGAAUGCUUGUCAGGUUUUUCAGAACAUGCCAGUUAAAAAUACCGUGUCGUGGACAGCACUCAUUUCUGGUUAUGCGCAGGAUAAUAAGGUUGAGCCUUGCCUCCAGGUGUUUCAGCUGAUGAGGCAGUCAGCGUGCAGGCCUAAUGACAUCACAUUUGCCACUAUCUUCAGUGUGUGCACUAACCACGCACUUCUUGCACUUGGUAAAAGUGUUCAUAGUCUAGAACUCAGAAUGGGUUUUGAUUUGUGUGUGCAUGUCUCAAAUGCACUGAUAUCAAUGUAUGCAAAGUGUGGGAGUAUAGAUGAGGCCCAGUCCAUAUUUGGGAGCAUUGCGUGCAAGGACCUGAUUUCUUGGAACUCCAUGAUAUUUGGAUAUUCACAGCAUGGCCUUGCUGAGCAUUGCCUAAGCUUGCUAAAGGAAAUGGAGGAGGAGCACAUAGCGCCUGAUGCAAUCUCCUUCCUUGGCAUCCUGUCAUCAUGUCGGCAUGCAUGCCUUGUAGAGGAAGGCCGGCACUGCUUCAAGGCAAUGAUCAGACUUGGAAUAGAGCCAGAGUUAGAUCACUACUCGUGUAUGGUAGACCUCCUGGGCCGGGCAGGAUUGCUCGAUGAAGCGUGGGAUUUGAUCCAUACAAUGUCCACGUCUCCAAAUGCAGUCAUAUGGGGUUCUCUGCUGGCUGCCUGUAGGGUGCAUGGGAACAUUCCGAUUGGCAUCCAUGCUGCAGAGCACCGUCUUAAGCUGGAGCCAGGUUGUGCUGCAACUCAUGUACAGCUAGCAAAUCUAUAUGCUAGCAUUGAUUGCUGGAGUGAUGUGGCCAGAGUGAGGAUGAUGAUGAAGGGGAGAGGACUGAAGACGAACACUGGGUGCAGCUGGAUAGAAAUUGGCAAUAAGGUUUAUACCUUCACAGCAGAAGACAGAUCAAAGAGCCAACAAGUAAAUCAUGUCUUGGCUGUUCUUGACUGCUUGCGCUCUCAUAUGGAAUACAAGGAUGAUUUGCUGAUAGAUGGUCUUGAGUUUGAUGAGCCUGAAUAUUUCAAGGUAAGUUCGGGCACUGAAUAAAUAUUGGAAGAUCAUAGAUCGCCUCAUCUAUAUGAAGGUAGAAGAAUCAAUUCUGUAGAAAAACCAUCGACUCACCUCAGAGACUUGUGAUAUGAUUCAUCUGAUUCCUACCUCAAAUUUUUUGAUAUUAUAUUGUAGUCUUAUUUAUACACACUUGUUGUAAACUAGGCUUCACUAGUGAUUGGUACAGACCAUGCAGGGACUUUGAUGUAAAUUGGAGUCAAAAUAUGAGAAAUGUUAGAUUGAUUGACUA